AUGUAAAUGACAGUGUGCCUAACUAAUAUCUUAUUUACCUCCCCUAACCUGUGAAUCUCCUUUUCCUUGCCAAUUGAAUUCACUCUAAUUUCCAAAGCUCUUUGAAAUCCAGGUUUUUGAUUAAAACCCAUUUUUCAUUUUGGUCUGUUUCAGCUUCCUCUUUACUGCUAAUGGCUAUGGAACCGAACUUCUUUGAGCAAGAAGGGCAAUCUGAGCCUGGAAAUAUAUCCCUCAAGCACAAAUGGGAUUCACUAUCAUCACCAACGAGAGACCAAAACAAGGAUUCCAGCGGCUUUGAUUGCAACAUUUGCUUCGACUCUGCACAAGAUCCAGUGGUCACCCUCUGUGGUCACUUAUACUGCUGGCCUUGCAUUUACAAGUGGCUUCAUGUCCAAACUUCUUCCCUUGAUGCAGAUCAACGACAACGGAACUGCCCUGUGUGCAAAGCGAACAUCUCUUCUAGUUCAUUGGUUCCCCUCUAUGGUCGUGGCACAGCUUCUGACUCUCAAUCCAAGGAUCCCCAUUCAGAUUUGGACAUUCCCCAAAGGCCACCUUCUCUUGGAUUGAACCCUAUGACCACAUCUUCACAGCCAAGUCAACAACUCCAUGAAAAUCUUUUUCAUCACCAGCAAUACUUCCCUCACCCUUAUGGAGACUAUGCGACCUUAGCAUCAUCUAGCCUCGGUGGUAUAGCGAUGACAAAUUUCUUCAAUCCUAUGUUUGGGAUGUUAGAGGAAAUGGUGUAUGCACGGAUAUCAGGGAGCUCAAACACAAGUAUGUUUACUUAUCCUUACCAAUCUUCGAAUCUGUUUUUUGGGAAUAACAAUCUCAGGAUGAGAAGGCAAGAAAUGCAGGUCGACAAAUCUCUUAGUAGAGUAUCCAUCUUUCUAUUUUGUUGCAUCAUUCUUUGUCUUCUCUUGUUUUGAAAGCAUUAUUGACUUUGAGCUUUGUAUGGUUGUAAAAAGAUACGUCAAUGAACAAACUGAACACAUAUUAAUUGUUGGAAAAAUUGCGUGGAAACUCACUUUAUAUAUUUAUAAAUAUACUAGCAAUAUCAUUUUCAAGAA